CCAGCCUCUCAAACCACGCUCAAGACCAUCUCACCCCUCCUUCUUACCACUCCCCCACAUCUACCAACAUGACUGGACGCGGCAAAGGUGGCAAGGGCCUCGGCAAGGGUGGAGCCAAGCGUCACCGCAAGAUUCUCCGCGACAACAUCCAGGGCAUCACCAAGCCUGCUAUCCGUCGUCUCGCGCGUCGUGGCGGUGUCAAGCGUAUCUCAGCCAUGAUCUACGAGGAGACCCGCGGUGUUCUCAAGACCUUCCUGGAGGGUGUUAUUCGUGACGCCGUCACAUACACUGAGCACGCCAAGCGCAAGACUGUCACCUCUCUCGACGUUGUCUACGCGCUCAAGCGACAAGGCCGCACUCUGUACGGCUUCGGUGGUUAAGCGCUUUCUUUCACGGUUUUCAUGUUACGACUUCUGCCGGCUUCUUCGGUUCACGGUCGGCUUCGGUGCUUGGUGGGAUGGUCAUGGCCUUGCAUAGUAGGCUCGGAGUUUACGGUCACAUCAGUUGGGAUCUGAUUUUUCAUGGAAUGAUACCAUAAUCCUUCACACUCUUCAUCUGCUAUUCUACUUGUGAUGUACGGCGCGUCUUGUCGUGCCUGAACGCGGUGGUCAUAGCUGUGUUGUCGUUCCCAUCCGUGUAAUGUCUGGGUUGCCGGGUUUGUCUUAGCUCACAUGUACAUCCCUGUCUUG